AUGGCUCGCCGCCAUCGAGCGACAGAUGAUGAUCACUCGUCUAACGACAGCGACCUUUCCGAAAGAGAGAGCACUGAAGAUAGUCAAUAUGACACCGACCUAACUGAACCUGAAGAUGAGGGCUCGCAAGCUCACGAUUUAAAUGAUGCGGCAAUUCUAUUUGCGGAUAACGAGCAUCCGCCAGAAUACUAUAUCCAGCAGCUUACGAAUUUUAAUGAGACAGAUUACACGAAGGAGGACUAUGGGAAGGGCACCACUGCCCUGCUCAACCGAGUGGAGGAGAAAUGGUCACAGUUUUGUGCUGUUGUUCGAAAAGAUCCCCAGGAAGAAUUUACACGCCUGUCGAUUUCGAUCAUAUAUACAUUCCUGGAUUGGGUCCUCAAUCUACGACGCGGAAAGGAUGGAAGACGGCGCCCAGGAAUCAAAUGUAAGAGCUCACUUGAUACCUUCUGGAAAGUUUUCCGUCUGGUAUUCGAAAGAGCAACUUCGUAUAAAAUUACAAACCAAAUGAACCGUCAGAUGCGCCGUGUGCUCCGAAGUCUGGCCAAAAAACAUAAAUUGUCCACAAGGGGUCGUGAUAAGCCUCCAAUGGAUGUAGAUGACUUGGCCAAGGCUGUAGAGACAACCGUCAGCACAACAAAGAAGAAGUUUGGACAUGGCCAUCACCGUAUUGAGCUUGCGCUUUUCUUGCAGCUUGCCGGGCUAACAAAAAACCGUCCCCAGGCCAGUCUGAGUUUAAGAUAUCGGCAUAUUCACGUUAGCUUGCUACGUGACCCCCAGGGAGGACCUCAUAGGACUAUCAUUGAAUUUACUUUCGAGUUUACAAAAGAAUGGCUCGGUGCUAAGGAUGCAAACACAUAUGUCUUACCGGAAAUAAUUUUUGACCCUUCCCUUGUCCUCAGCCCCCACGUUUUUCUGCUAGGACUUCUUUUUGCGGACCGUGCCUUUGACCGUGUCGAAGACGACAUCAUGCGUGCCGCAUGCCGGAUGAGCCGGUCCAUCGAUCCGAAUCGCCCUCAGGAAUUGACUACCGCACAGUCGUCCUCCAUCAAUCAAGAACCAGAAAUCGCUGGCCUAAUCCGCCGACGUGACGAGCUUAGUCGCCAAAUGGGGCGCCCAUUGUCGAAUCACCAUGGGACAGAGAAAUACAAAAUGUACAAAAAGCUUAGCCAAGAGAUCACCGGUGCCAGGCAGCGAGCAAGGAACGCAUUGCUCACUCAGGUUCAGGCAAGGUACGACCGCGAGCAACCGAUGCUGGAAAUCAGACAAGCGAUACCACUGCCUCAGAAGCGACUGAUUGAGAGUCUCCUUACCCUACCUCGCCCGACACUCGAAGAGGAAGUGACUAGACGGACGGAAGCAAUUGAUGCCGUAGCUGCUUAUGCCCCUUUUGAAGAAGGUGAUACCUGCCGUCUUCCGCAGGAUAAGCGUUCCCCUACAGAGCCCGCCGCCACCGGACCAGAUGACGGUGUCAAAGGAGAGAUACAAUCGACGCGGCCUUCUUCUCCGAUGAAUGACGGACUGGUAUCUGCGAUUCAAUCGGUAAUGAAGGACAAGCCCUCUGAGAAGGGUAUUAAGAGACCUCUCUUCUGUUUCAUCUGUCUUGGUCAGCCAGAUUUAGAUAUUGGAAAGCGAACGUACAAAUUCUCCAGCCAUGGAGAUGUUACCAAGCACAUCAAGCGAAAACAUCUUCGUCAUGUCUCCACGCAAUCUGAGAUAACGUGUAAUGUCUGCGACGAGAUCUUCUCGUGCAAAAUGCACCUUCAGCGGCACGCAUUUGAUAUACAUUCGACUGUUACAUAG